UGCAACUAAGCUUACAGAAACAGGUUGAGAAGUAAAGAGCAGAAAUGGCUAUCUCCAUGUCUGAAUCCGGCUAAAAACACCUCUCAGCUAACUACCCUAUGGGCAACUUCAAGCACCAAUUCACUACUGAUGAUUGCAACUAAGGAAUAAGCUGGUCUCCUAUCCCACUUGGGCAAAAAUUAUUUACUAACUUGGAGGCUGGCUUUGUAAAACCAGUUACACAACUGUAUCAGACUGGCUGUUUGAAGAAAUUUUGAAGAACUGUCAUUUCCUCUUGCGAAGACUAUAAAUCUUGCUACUAGCAAAAAAACCCCCCAAAAGUUAUAAAAGAUGGAUGAAGAUGGAUAUAUGAGUAUAGAUCCAAGUAAGAGAGAUUGUCCCUUGCCAGCCAUUAAAGGGAAGAAAGAUCCUUCGAUGAAUCCUCUCCUGUGGAAAAUUUUGUUUGGCAUUUCGGCUGUAGGAAAUGUGGUCCUGGGUGUGCUUUUGAUUGUUCUCAUUCUUCCAGCUUCACAGAAUGUCAGUGUUUCGAAUCUUCCAUCGAAGCCAAUCUCCAGCUGCGUAAUGAAUUGUAUUCCUUGCCGAUCAGCUAAGGACAGUAUAACAGCAAAUCUGACUCUGGAUCCGAACACAGCUCAUCCCCAGCUUUACGUAUCCUCUGAUUUGAAAAGCGUGAGAUGGAAAGACAUGAAACAAUAUGUGCCCAGCAGUCCUAUGAGAUACGACGUUAUGGCCAGUGUCAUAAGUCACCAGGGCUUCAAUUCUGGGAAGUGGUGCUGGGAGGUAGAGGUGGUGGAGGAAGGAGAGUGGUGGGGGGUGGGAAUUGUUAGGGAAACUUCAAACAGAAACGGGCCGAUUCUUUUCGAUUCUCGUGGAGGCUACUGGGCAAUUCAGCGAAUUGAUGGACGGUAUGAGGCGGUCACCCAUCCCAGGACGAAUUUGACAUUGUGCCAUCCUCUGAAAAGGAUCCGAGUUUCUCUGGACUAUCCACAAGGCCUCUUAGCAUUUUUUGAUGGUGACACGAAUGCCGAAAUCUUUGCUUUUCCAAAAGAAAAUUUUCACGGAGAGAAGAUUCACCCAUGGUUCUUGAUCUAUAAGUGGAAUGGACAGCUUGUCCUUCACCCAUGAUAUAGUGGAACAAUGGGGUCAUCAUGCUGGAAGAGCUUCAGAUUUCAAUUCAAUUUCUUUUGUCCUUCUUUUCCCUCUAUCGCAGGGGUGUCAAAUUCAAUUUCAUUGAGGGCUGCAUCAGGCCUGUGGUUGACCUCAGGGAGCCAGGUGGGCAUGGCCGACUGGGUGGGCGUGGCCAGCUUGAUGCCACCUCCCAAACUGCUGGCAUGUUUCUUCUUUGCAUUGGGUAGACUGGGCCGAAGCCACACUGGCCCGAUGUUUCCUCUUCGCAUUGGGUAGACUAGGCUGAAGCGACUCAGGCUGGGCCCUUACAUUUUCCAAGACGGCCUCAUGGGCCGGAUCCGACCACAUCGUGGGCUGGAUCUGUCACAUGGACCUUGUGUUUGACACCCCUGCUCUAUUGCCACCCCAAAUGCCAUCCAUAACCACAAAGAUCUCUUCUAGAUCAACAAUUUCCUGAACGGCAAUAAUUAGCUGUGCUUCAAAAAUAACUUUUUAAAAAGUUUAAUGAAAAAGAACUGGAGGCAUAAAUCAUGUUUCAAUCUUUCUCCUGAAUUUGAGGAUUGUGCCAAAUACUUAUUUGUGAGGGAUCCUUGGUGGUCUCUGAGAUUGGUUGUCUUCUUGCAUUCUGGGCAGUGUCCAGCCAGCCAGCCAUGCCUGCCCUCCCUCUGCAGCAGCCCACAUGGAUCCCGGGCAGCACAGCUUCAGGGUUUUUCCUGGCGGCGAUGGCAGCAUUGUUAAAAGCCACUGGGUGGCAUGGAGGCAGGCAGGCAAGGGACACGGGCUCCUCCUCCUCCUCAUGCCAGCCUUGCAUUCCAGGCAGCGUCCAGCCAGCCAGCCAUGCCUGCCCUCCCACUGCGGCAGCCCACAUGGAUCCCAGGCAGCAGAGCUUCAGGGUCUUUCUUGAUUCUCCUUGUAGCACUGAUAUCCUUGGCUUUUGAAAUCCAGCACUCUUGGAUUUCAAGAGUGCUCGGGCUCAGCAGCUGGAGAAGCAGCGCUGGGUUUCAAAAGCCAAGCAACUCAGUGCUACAAGGAGAAGUGCCGCUCAUCAUUUCGUCACUUCCCACCUGGACUACUGCAAUGCUCUCUACAUGGGGCUCCCCUUGGGGUGCACCUGGAGGCUGCAGUUAGUCCAGAAUGCGGCCGCGCGGGGGAUUAUGGGAGCGACGGGACGCUCACAUAUGACACCUCUCCUGCGCGAGCUGCACUGGCUUCCUGUGGUCUUCCGGGUGCGCUUCAAGGUGUUGGUGACCACCUUUAAAGCGCUCCAUGGCUUAGGGCCGGGAUAUCUGCGAGACCGCCUUCUGCCACCAAUAGCCUCCCACCGACCGGUUCGCUCGCACAGAGAGGGCCUCCUCAGGGCCAGACAGUGUCGGCUGGCGACCCCCAGGGGGAGAGCCUUCUCUGUGGCAGCACCUGCCCUCUGGAAUGACCUACACCCUGAGAUACGCACGAUAUCAGACCUCCGGACUUUUCGUCGGGCCCUAAAAACACACUUAUUCCAUCUAGCCGGGCUGGCUUGAUCCCACCCUCUCAGUUUUAAUUGAAUUCGGUUUUAAUUGGGUUGUUUUAAAUUUUGGGCCGAAAUUAUUUAAUUGUUUUUUAAACUGUUUUUAAAUUUUAUAUGCUAUGUUUUAUCUCGGCUGUACACCGCCCUGAGUCCUGCAGGAGAAGGGCGGUAUAGAAAUAAAAUAAAAUAAAAUAAAAUAAAAUAAUAAAAUAAUAAAAUAAAAUAAAAUAAAAUAAAAUAAAAUAAAAUAAAAUAAAAUAAAAUAAAAUAAAAUAA